AACAAAAAGAGAAGCCUGGCAUAUGUCCAAAGGCCUAACGCUCCUGCAAAACGCACUCUGCCGGCUUUAAAGUGCUUGCACCCUACGGCCUUGCGCUUUUGACCCCUUGUACCUUGCGCUUAAAUUUCGGUUACAAAAAUUUUACACGGGUGGUGCCACAGUGCGGCGAGCGGACCUUGCUCUCUCUCUCUGGCUGCUGCUACAAAACGGAGCCGAAACCUCCAGAUUUAGGGCUUUAGCAGGUCGGGUUCUGAGCUCUGAGUCCCGAAUUAGAGAUUUUCGGUGAUUGGAUCCAUGGUCUUUGGCCCUGGUUGUGGUGCAUUGUAGAGAGUGAAAGUGGAAGAGAGAGAAAGAGAGAGAGGGAAUGGAAAUGGAGGUUGAGCAAGUGUUUAUGGCUCAAGAAGUUGACAUUGACUACGAGUUCGACGCCGCUCGGUGCUUUAACUUCACCAGAGAGGAAACUCCGGCGGAGGCGAGCCGAGCCGAGCUCUGGUUCGAGUCCGCCAAAAGCUACCCGCCGUCUCCUUUUGUGACAAGGUUAGUACUAGGAGCGGACAUCCUCCGGGAAAAUGUAAACGUCUCCCCAAAAUCCAGAGCUGUGGAGAAUACGAAUGACGGCGAGUGUGAUAUGGGUGGGGGCGAAGAAGUAUGUGCAAUGGAUGUAAAUAACAGAGAUUGCGGAGGAAUGAAUAGAGGGAUAUUUGGAAAUGUACAAAAAGUUCUAAAUCAACCACAUGGAACGGGUACAGGAAUGACAUUCUACAAUCACUUAGCCGGUGAUAAGCUAAAAGGUAAAAGUAAAUCUUCUGUAAAGCCAUCUUUCCCCAGGAGCUCAACUUUGAUGAAACCUACAGUAAGUCAGCUCGCUAAGCAAAAUCUGAAACCUCAAAUUGGCGGUUCCAGAUUUCAGAUGCUGCAUUUUGAAAACAACGAGAAGAGCUUAUGUAGUUCUUCUGGGGUUGAAAGUCAAGCUGCCAAGAGGCAAAAGCUAGAUGGAGGUCAUUUGUGUAAGGUUACUGACACAAAGCAGCAAACAAAUUUGGUUCACAAGGUGCCUAAAAAGGAUGAAACUUUUGAUAAAACCACUGCACAUGCCAAGUUGAGACUUACUAUUCCAAGAGAGCCGGACCUUGAAACAGCAUCUAGGGCACAUAGGAUAAGGCCUAAGAAUGCAUCAGUGCUAGAACAAGUGACAUCAGCUCAUCGAAAAUUCAAAGCUCGUCCAUUGAACCGAAAAAUUUUCGAGGCUCCUUCAUUGCCACUCCCAACAAGGAGCACUCCAAAGUUGCCAGAAUUUCAAGAAUUUCACCUCAAGACAAUGGAAAGGGCCAUGCAAAAUACAUCUGCUGUUUCAUCAUCCUCACAUCGUUUCAAUGAUCCUGAGGAGGGUUUGGACAAACCUAGUAUUUCUACUGUUGCAGAAAAUGGAAACAGAGAAUCUAGAAGACCAAGUACGGUGGAUGGUCCCAAGCAGGAUGGAAAUGAAGUAAUGCAAAAAUUCAAAGCUCGUCCUCUUAAUAAAAAGAUUUUAUCUAGCAAAGGAGAUAUUGGUGUUUUCUGGAAUAACAAGCGGGAAACCACUGUACCAAUGGAAUUUAAUUUUCAGACAGAGAGGAAAAAUCAGCAGUUUCCACCAACGGAUCUCUUCAGUAAGCUGUCUUUGACAUCUGAGCUCCAGCCAAAGAAUGGAUCACGGUUGAAAGUGUCUCAGCCUACAUCUUUAUCUACGAAGGACUCAAAAGAAAAUAGAUCGAAUUUUUUCCAACCAGAACACAAGAUAAUGGUCAAAGAAAAACCUUCUCUGUUUGGUGCAAAGCAGGCUCAAUUUGGGGGUGACAGGUGCACCACUGAUGUUGAUAACAAAUCGAGGAUGAGCAGGAGUUUUGGCGUCCGUUGAAAGUGAAGGAGCACAAAGUUCUGAAAUAGCUCCUACAGGGGCAUCAGAUUUGGUUAUCUGCUGUCAAAAUGAAAGACCAGUAAAAAUAUGUUUUCGGCCAAUGAUUGCACAACUCUUUGGAAAGAUUAUGAAGCCCUUCCUUCUGUUGUAAAUGGAAAAUCCACAAUGGCUGGUGUUCUUUCAGAUAUAUGUAAAACCAGCAACUUCUUUUGCAUUUCUCCAAUUGAUUUCAGUUGAAAUCGAAUAAAUAUGUCGAAGGCCGGUGUUGUAUAGCUGUUAAGGCCACCUCUUACUUACAACAUUUUCUUUUAGUGGCACCCAGACACAUGUAAUUGUGAUUAGUCAAAGAAUAUACACAAUUUGCAGUUAUGUGCUCAAUAGGAUGAUAUGUUGAAAAACAA